CAAACAAAAUCUAUAAAUACAUUUCACCAUAUAAAUUGUAUCUCUUAUCUAACCUGUCCAAGGUAACCUACAAAAUGUUUAUAGUUUUAUGCUCUCAAUGGAGAUUUUGCCCCCCAUCCCGAAAUCGACUGUCACAUACUGGUCACAUAGAACUGUUACAAUUCAUCGUUGUCAUCUGACGAUAAUUUAAUGACAUUUUUGUCAUAGUGAACACACUGCAACCAGAAUGAGCGACAUGCUGCAAACUGCAGGGGAGACAAUAAAACCCUUUGUUCCGCAGAAACAUCUCCCUCAUCUUAUAAAGACAUUAUAUGGACUGACCGUGGAAUCGUGCGAAGAACUGGACAGCUAUGAUGACCGAAACUAUCACGUGACUGUUACUGAUCAAUCAGAAAACCCGUACAUAUCUCAUCCCUCACCUGAUGGAUACGUUCUGAAAAUUCUAAACAAAAUGCAGUCCAAAAAUCCUUUAUUAGUAGAAGCGCAACACGCCAUGAUGGCUCACAUCGACAAAAAAGGUGUGCCCAUUCCUAAAUUGGUGAAAAAUUUGAAAGGCGAAACCACGUCACUAGAAAAAAUUUACCAUUCCGAAAAUAUUACAGAUUCCACACCAUUCCAUUUCUACCUUGUCCGUCUAAUGACAUAUAUUCCUGGCGAGACUUUCGAGGGCAAAGCAACGCAGCCAGGAAGUCUUUAUAACAUUGGGAAACUUGUUGGAAGACUGCACAAUUCGUUAGAGGGGUUUCACCAUGGAUUCUUUGACACAUACAAAUACAUGUGGAAUUUAACUGAAAUGGAGCAUUUGCGCGAGUUCCUCGGCGGAGUACAAGACGAGAAGAGAAGGUCGUUGAUGGUUGAGAUCAUUGACGCAUUUACGAAAGAAGUAGUCCCUAAAUAUGACAAGCUCACGAAAGGCAUGAUUCAUGGUGAUUUAAAUGAGUGCAACAUCCUAACACAUGACUCUCCUGGACAAGACAAUGUUCCUCAGGAAUCACGUGUUUGUGACGUUACCGCGCUCAUAGAUUUUAAUGACGUAGUACUGUCCUACACGGUGUUUGAUGUUGCCAUCUGCAUCGCCUACAUGUCCGUAAAAUGUAAAGAAAUUGACCAAAGGGAUGUCGGAGGGUAUGUCCUGGCAGGAUAUUUAUCUGAACGCAAUUUGAAUAGCACAGAAAGGGAGAUAAUGAAGGUUUGUGUCUGCGCUCGAAUUGCGCAGUCCUUGGUCAUGGGUGCCUACACCAAUUAUAUGGAUCCUAGCAACACAUAUGUUUUAAAUACCGCAGCUCGUGGGUGGCCAUUGCUUUAUCUGCUGUGGGAAACCCCAAAGCCUGAAAUUGAUGCUCGAUGGAACAAGAUCAUUGAAGAGUAUGAAUAUUAGAGGUGAAUGUUUAAUUUAACGUGUGGCCAUUGUGAACUAGGAGAAUCUACGUUUAUUUCUUUGAUUAGCAAUAAAGUACAUGUACAUGUG